AAAUAUAUAUAAUAAUUUUAUUUUGGAUCAGACAAAGAUAAGAUUUUCUUAAAAUCCACAAGUCAGCUCUUCAUUCAUCGCCAAAAUGAGCGCUCGGCUCGAGGUCGAGUUUCCCUUGCAAUGGACAUGAUCUGACUGGAAUGUCCAGCUUCAGGUGAGGCUGGUGCCAUUUUGUAGGCACAUUUAGGAGUCAGAUCCUUUUCAGUCAGCCCGUGAAUAAAGUCUCACACUGUCACUUACUGAGAGCUCGAAGGUGGCCGUGGGAUGUACGACGAGACCCUCGAUCGGUCGGCCGCUCAGCUCUUCUAUCGAUCCAAUGUGGUUGACCUUUCUCCAUGAGAAUGAGAGUAUCAUGCUCAGGGUACACGUUCAGGCUCCAGGCUCCGUUCCAAAGUUACAAGAUCCUUGCUUCCCUUCCCAAGAUUGAGCAAUGUCAUCUGACAGACAGAUUCAGACGAUGCAGGUGAUCCCAGUUCUUUCGGUGCACAGAGACCUGACGUUUUCGAUUUCCUACGAGAAUGAUGGACUGGCAUAGAAGCUGGCAAUGUGAGAGAGGGCUCAGUGUGAUGAAAUGGACCGAGGACUUCAACUUGAAUCGAGGCCACGAUUCAAGUGAAGUUGACUUCAGCUCGCACAUUCACACGGGUGACGGUGAAGGUGCAAGCUGCCAGUUUGACAAUCCGAUGAGAGAACCGGUGACAGUGAUCAUGAGAAACAUACAGGGCUUUUGUCAUGGUUGGUAGUGCCCGAUUGGGCUUGCAAAAGGAGUGCUUCAUUUGGACUCGGAAUCUAGCCGCCUCUCGAGCAUCGAUUGUGUUUUCACACCAAACUACAUCCAGUGACUGAUCGAGCCAAAAUUAUGGAUCGUAUGGAAAAGCAAGAGUGAGUCGUGCAAUCUCGUCACUCGGGCUGGAUCGGAUUUUGAUCCAAGGCCAGCAGGGGCCAGGGCGACCUGCGCAUCAGACGAAUGGCUUCGCUGCAGCUUGGAAGUCGCCAUGAGGGCGACCUGGCGAGUCAAGCCUACGGAAAAUUAGCACAUCAAUGUGCUCACGAGUAUUACUGUGACAGAUGCCUACACUGCAGGAAUCUUAGAACCAUUCAACUCUAUUCACACAUAUGAUUUUAUGCGGUUGUCCAUCAUUCUCAAUGAUACUCGCCUCCACAAGUUCGUAUAUGCAUGAAGACCGGUCCACCCUCACCCUCAGCCAUGGCAAGUGGGCACUCUGCGGUCUCACCGUCUGCUGUCGCUCAUACAUUGAAGAAGCUUGCGGAACAUGACUCGAGCUACAUGAAGCCCAGGUUGCAGAACAUCCUCCUCCUCUCUCAGAAGCCUCUUCAUGUACCCAGUAGAAUCUGAUACAAAUCAAGCUCAAGCACACUACGCAACCUACACCAAAUUAACAGAUCUCAACGAGUUGGAUGGUCAGCCUGUAGAUCUAACUAAUCCACGAGGCCAUAUGGUGCACAGAGCAAUCAGUGCACCAUAUGAUAGAUCCGGAACCGAUCUGGUGAAUAAUAUUUUCAUUGAGUCGGAUUGUCAUUAUUCCCUGGUACGACUGUGGCGGCGGCGGUGGUGAGGUGCUAGUGGCUUCAGUAAGUGCGAUGUGCUCUGAUUGGAAGCCGUGUCCUUCGGAUCUGAACAAGACAAGGAGCGAGUCAGUCGAUGGAUCAUGUCGUCCGGCGGUGAAUUCAUUCUGUGCAGUUUUAUGCUCCAGAUUUAUGGCUUUUUCUUGCAGAAACACGACACGGCAGUUGAGCUGACUGUCCAACUCUCCAGCUCGUAGCAAACAAGGCAAACCUGCUGAAGUAGUUCGUCCACACUCCCAUCGGUUGUGGAGUCUGCCUGCCAGGGAUUCAACACGCCAUCGCUCAAUCCCCAAAAUGUAAAGUCCUUCUUUUCCUACUACGCCAUGGCAUGUCAGUUCUUACGACGUAUGUGUCGAACAAGAAUGUAUGCAUGUAAUUUUUCUGUAUCUAUUUCAUGACAUCGCAUCAAACUUAUUAUUAGACGA